GGAGUUCCCAGUGCGACCUCGUGGUGGCAGCACUUCUGCUGUAGCUGCUUGCUGCCCCCGAAGUUUGUCAGCAGAAUAAGAGACCGGAAACGACACGACAGAGGAAGAAGGCGCGGAGGAGGAAUCUUAAUCUGUCAAAAUACAAACGUCUGCAGGCUCAUGGACUCUCUAACUGAACCACUCACCUGGUUACCGUGGUUACAGCAUGGAGCCCUCUGAUUGGACGGAAACUUACUUCAACACAGAUGAGCAGCAGGGGGCAGCAGAGUGCAGCAGCAGGAAAUGGGAGGGGUCUCCGCCCAGAGGGCGUGGCUACUGUGGUUACUGCAGAAUUGUGUACGGGAACCUGGAGCAGCACCUGUCCAGUCUACGACACCUGCAUGCUGUCAGCUCUUCCAGAAGCCCCGCCCCUUCCUCCUCUGUGGGCGGCGGCAGACUGAUGCUACUGGAGCGUUUCUUACAGGACGUGGUGAAGCACCACCCACACAGCUACAGUGACUGCAGCCCCGCUCACGCUGACCUUCCAUCAGUCUCCGCCCCUCUACCACUGAAGGCGGAGCUUGAUGAAGUGUGUUUCUCAGAUGACGACACAAAAGUGUGUCGACCCAGCUCCGGCCACGCCUCCUGUCAGCCAGCCAAUCAACAACAAGGAAGAGUCACAGAGAGACUGACUGGGCCAAUCAGAGAGCAAGACGACACAGGCACCGCCCACAUAGCACUCACACAUUCACAAGUCCUCACAACACAGGCCACGGCCACACACACACUAUUCCCACCCACUAUUCACAGAAAAGCUCACAGGAAGACAAAUCGGAGGAAAACCAGUGACUCCUCCCCCUCCCCUCCCUCCAGAGAGUCUAGGCACCGCCUGUCAGAUUUGAACCAGAGAGCCGAGACCAAAGUGAAGCCCCGCCCACAGUCCCGCCCAUCAGACCUGAAGCCGUGGCUCAGCUGGCAGAGAGAGAGAAGAGGGGCGUUUUUCUCAGAGCAGGAGGAGGUGUGUCCUCGCCGCAGUGCUACAAAAAAGGCGUGUCCUCACCACAGUGCUAUAGAUCAAACCAUCCAGGAGGUCAUCCAGCUGUUCUGUCAUGGCGUCACUUCCUCUUCCUGCCCCCAAGAAGAGACAGAGAGCUUCCACGUCAGUCUCCCUGUCUCCAUGGAAACAGAGAGUGACACAGAGUGGGACUCACCUGUGCAGGUGGCGCUCACACUUCCCUCACACACACCUGACCAAGGGAGGCAGGCAGAGGGCGGAGCCUGGGGAAGGGGCCUGAACAGUCUCCUGGAUGUCCAGGUGCAUCUGGAGGACCAGGUGUACUUACAGCAGCUUGACUCCGCCCUCCUCGGUCAGCAGAGAGGACGGGGCGGGGCCGAUAAAGGUUUCUGGACCCGGCCCAUAGAGGAGGUGCUGCCUGUCCCCGCCCAUAUCCCACAAUCCUUUAGGGGAAAGAGCUGGACACAGAUCGAGCAAGAGGACGAGGACAAAGUGAAGAAGCUGGUGGACGAAUUCAGACGAGGACUUUUUGUUUGUUAUUUUGACUCUGACGACAACACCAGAUAUGGUAGGAGGAGCCAAAAGAAGAAGGGGCGUGGUGAAAACAGCAGUGCCUUGCUGCCAUUACUGGACUGUAAUGAGUCUGUCUACAGUAGGAAGAGAAGGAGUAGGGGGCGGGGCUUCAGGGUGGCAUCCAGGUGUCAGGUGGUCAAAGUCAGUCACAGUACACAGACUGUCCAAUUGGUCAUCCCAGCUGUCCGUCAGCCUGAGGCCCCGCCCACCAGUGUCCCUGCAGCUAAUCAUGAAACGACAGAAAGGACUCCCGAGGCUCGGACAUGGCUCCGCCUCCCUCCGUCAUAUUCUAGCGUGGUCACGCCAGUGCAGCCUCACACCUCGUUGGUUUACCUGCUGUGCUCGCCCUCUUGCUCCGCCCCCAAACCCUCAUUGGGCCCCGCCUCCAAAGGCUGCAGAAAAAAGAGGCAUCCAGUUGACCUGCAGAAGAUAAAGGUCAAAUACAAACGACUUCCUGUCAGGUUCUACGAGCCCAGCACCCACCGCAUCCUCAGCACAGCCCCCAAAUGCUUCCGACUGCACCAAGGCGCCGCCUCCUCAGCCCCGCCCCCGCCCUGUGUCCGUCAGCUGUUCCGCAGUCUGAGUGCAGACCUGAACAUGGACUCGACACCGGGUGAGGUCAAAGGUCACAUGUCAGCCGACACCAGCACACUCAGAGAUGCGAUGAGGAGGCGGGGCCGGGAGUCAAAAACCACGCCCCCUUUACCUCACAACAGACCAGAGCAAUGCAGGGGAGUGAGGAAAGAGAGGACACACCCCCCGCCCUCCAACAGAAGAACCAGGACUCAAGCCACGCCAUCUCUGCCAAGACGGGGGAGGCUACGGAGACCUGGCCCCGCCCCUGUCCAGCCACCACCACGCCGGGGGAGGAGCCGCAGGAGGCGAAGGUAGCAGAAAAACAUGGUCACACGAUUCAAAUGAAAACAUAAUGUUUUUAUCAAUAAACAUUUUUUUAACGUUG